UUUGGAUUGUGGGCUACCUGCGAAUGGACGGUCCCCUUAUAAUGAUACGUUUAGCAGGCUGCACUUCUCCUCGGACGCAACAUUCAUCCAGAGUGGAAAAACUGGUAAAAUUCAGUCAACUCUGGUGAGUAGAUUCAUGAAGCCAUACACAACGCUGAGGUACUUUCCAGAUGGUAUACGGAACUGCUACAAUCUAAAUGUGGGGAAGGGGAGUAAAUAUCUGAUCAGAGCUACUUUUAUAUACGGAAAUUACGAUGGUCAUGACAUUAAACCAGUCUUCGAUCUUUAUCUUGGACCUAAUCUAUGGGCCACGAUAGAUUUGGAAAGAGCGGUGAAUGGUACACGGCAAGAUAUGUUACACAUCCCAACAUCAAACUCGUUGCAGAUUUGUCUUGUUAAGACUGGCGAAACUACACCACUAAUAUCGGCUUUGGAAUUACGGCCAAUGGAAAAUGUUUCUUAUAGCACUGAAUCUGACUCCCUGAAUCUUUACAACAUGUAUUAUCUUAGCAAGUCAGGAUCUCAGAUACGGUACUCAAGAGAUAUCUAUGACCGGAUAUGGAGAUCAUACUUUAAGAUGGAAUGGACGCAGAUUUCCACCGAUCUCGAUGUGGUCCAUUCCAACAAAUAUGCUCCACCGAAAGAUGCACUAAAAUAUGCUGCCACGCCUACUAAUGCCAGUGCGCCAUUGACGAUUGAAUGGAGUUCAGCAAAUCCUGAUGCCCAAUAUCACUUAUACGCACACUUUGCUGAGCUCCAAGAUUUGGAGGCAAAUGAAACCAGGGAGUUCAGCAUGGUAUGGAAUGGACAACAUUAUUAUGGCCCUCUAGUUCCGUUGAAGUUAAAUUUACUAACUAUCUUUAAUAAGUCACCAAGAACUUGCAAUGGAGGUAAAUGCAGUGUUCAGUUGAUAAGAACUAACAGAUCAACUCUUCCACCGCUACUUAAUGCUUUUGAAGUCUUCACAGUUAUUCACCUUCCACAGUCCGAAACAGAUGAAAGCGACGUGAGUGCUAUAAAAAGCAUCGCAACAAGCUAUGCACUGAGUAGAAUCAACUGGCAAGGUGAUCCAUGCGUCCCUCAGCAGCUCAGGUGGGACGGUUUAAACUGCACCAACACGGUUGCGUCCAUGCCACCAAGACUCACUACUUUGUAAGUCUAAAGUUUUGUUGUACUUUCCCUCACAGACUCUUCAAUAUUUGAUAGUAUUCGUGAUCACUAACACUUAAAAUCUGAUUCUGAACACUAGAAACUUGUCUUCAAGUGGUUUAACUGGAACAAUAGCAGCUGCCAUUCAAAACCUUACACAGUUAGAAAAACUGUAAGUAUUAAGAUCGUUUAAUGAAGGCGAGAAAUUGGUAUUAAGGAUAUGGAUAGCUGGAUGGAUGGGAGUAAAUGUGAUAAACCGUCCAUGUAUUAAUUUAUUCUGUCUUUCUAACAUUAGGGACUUGUCGAAUAAUAACUUGACUGGAGGAGUGCCUGAGUUUCUAGGCAACAUGAAAUCGUUGACGGUCAUGUACGUGAUUCUCUAGAUAUAUUUUCCAAUAGAUUUUAAAAUUUCACCUCAUGUAAGAGUCGUUUUUAACAGAAAUUUAAGCCGGAACAAUCUUAGUGGUUCACUUCCUCAAGCCUUUCAAAGGAAAGGACUAGAGCUAUCGUAAGAAAAUUUCCACAUAGCUUUUGAAAUUUAUCAUUCGUUACCUAUAACCCUUUUGGUGCAUUUGUUGUCCUGAACAACCCUUGUCUUGUUGUAGUGUUGAAGGAAACCCAAGACUUUGUCUCUCUGAUCCAUGUAAAAAGCCAACUAAGAAGAAGGUUGUUGUGACAAUUGUUGUAUCAGUUGCUUCUGCAGCCACUGUCAUUUUUGUAGUGGUUCUUUUUCUUGUAGUCAGAAUGAAAAACCUAAGUAUUAUGGAAGGUAAUUGCAAGAGAUCCUCUAAUAGCAUUCUAAUGCAGCUCUAUUUUCUCCUCUUAUUUUCCUCUAAAAUAGAAUAACUCUAUUAUAGAGGUGGAUUUGCUCCAAUGGUAUAGUUCUAUAAUAAAAUUACUAUAUACAAGAAUAGAAUAUAGAGAAAUGUUAUUUAUAAUAGAGUUAUUCUAUUUUAGAAUAGAAUAUAGAAAAGAAAAUAAAGUUGCAUUGGUGAUAAUCUAAAUAAGAAACCAUAUAAAAAUGUUUUAAAUGCCGUUGAUUACAUUUUUAUUCCGAUGUACAGGUCUCCAUUUGCUACUGGGGACGUCAAUGGCAAAUGUUACAUUUGCUAAUAAGAAAAGCAGAAGGU